AUGGUCAAUCCGAACGAAGAUACCGAAUUUAACGACGCCCUCCGAGCACACGGUAUCCUCCCUCCCAAACCACCUUCCCGAUCCCCCUCACCUGAUAUACCUUAUAUAACCCAUACCGAUGCAGUCCGAGCGAUAGCCGCUACGGCAGAUACAGAUCAGCUGGUGACGCUACUAGAGAAUGAGAAUCUUGAUUCGGACGACGAGAGGAUGUUUGAAGAUUAUCGUCGGAAGAGGAUGAUGGAGAUGAAGAAACAGGAAAAAAAGGGGAGGUUCGGUAGCCUGGAGCCUCUGGCUAGAGAGGAUUUCGUCAAGGAAGUUACGGAAGGUAGUAAGGUCUCCCCUGAUGGUACACAGGAGGAAGAGGAGGAUGAUGAGGAUGAAGAGGGGGGAAAGCAGAGAGGAGGGUUGAAAGGGACUGGUGUGGUUGUGUUUCUGUAUAAGGACUCUGUUCCCCUCUCACAGCAUCUCCGACCUCUUCUCCAACAACUCGCCGCUGCACACCCAUCCACCAAAUUCCUUUCGAUUCCUGCUGGCCUGUGUAUACCGAACUACCCAGAUAAGAAUGUGCCCACUCUACUGAUAUAUAGAAAUGGGGAGAUAUCAGGGAAUGUUACAGCUGGAAUGGGUCUGAAGGGAAUGAAAACGACUGUCAGGGAUCUGGAAGGUUUGCUGCUAUACUACAAAGCCCUCGAAAAACCGUCACCUGCUUUACUGCGACAACAACGAGGUAACGAUUCGGAUAUAGACGAUGAUGAUGAUCUGGAUGAUCAUGUCGGCGCUGUAAAUUCGAGAUCUACGAAUAUAAGGAGUGGUGGGGUUGGUGUAGGUACAGGUAGAGGAAAGGUGGAUAGUGGGGAUGAAGAUGGGGAUGAUGAUAGUGAUUUCGACUUGUAG